AUGGACUCAACUGCCUUGGGACGCAGAGGUACACAGACGUAUCUCGCUGAAGCUGGGAGAAAUAUUCCCGAGCUCGAAACUGGCACGCGGGCUGCGGAGGAACUCGGAACAGUGUCACUCUCGCCAUGGGUAGCGCAGCUCGGGAACUCCAAUGGAAGUCUGUUUGGUCUAGGGCUCGAUAAAGGUUUGAGCCUCCAUCAGUUGCCCUCGCUGCUUUUCGGAAGCAGUACGCUGCUCGGGCAUACCCAAACAGGCGGAGCAGUGCAGAAGCUAGGCUCUGAUACUGGCACGGACUGGUGUCUUGCGAUAGAGGGGACAAGCAGAGAUCACCCUGCGCCAGGAUUAACCAGAGUCGCUGCCCUUCCGCGCACAGAGAACAGCAACAAUGCCAAUUUUGGGACCGGUUCUUCACUGAGACCGGAUAUGCAAGGUGCUGGAACCGCUGGAAGCACGUGGAAGAGAUCGGCCGGAUGGAUGCGGUGGCGAGGAGCGGGCCUAAAGCGCCAGGAAGUCACUGCUGCGCACAGGUCUCCAGCAGCGGCACGAGCCGCCACUACGGCCUCCGAGCUUGCAUCGGAUGGCACGAAACAUCUGCCAAAGACGGACGGGGCGCCAUCCGUUAACAUCGGCGUCUGGAGCGAGCAUGAAAUAGAAAUGUUUUACAAAGCGCUUCUGCAGGUGGGGCGCGACUUCCAGGCUAUGGCUCGCAUCAUUCGUACAAGAUCAGCAUCCCAGGUGACAGGAGUUUUUCAUCGAUGUCUUCGGAGGGCAAUCGAUCCAGUCAAACGAGCAGCUAUGAUUAGCCCGGAGAUAGCAGAAAUAGCCGAAUCCAUGCACUUAUUCGACCGCGUUUUACAGCCGGAUCUGCAAAUUCGCACUCUACUCGCCGCUAGGCAGCUGGAAACCAGAGGCAUCCAAAACAAGGACGGCGUCCGUUCCAUCGCUGACCAAACCGCCACCGCAUUCGGUAAGUGCGCGUCGACGUCCGAUGCCUGCAGCUGGGCCGCUGCGCUUUUGAGCCUACUGCGACAAGAACCUACAGCAGAAACGGCAGCCAGCGCCAGGCCGGAAUCAAGCGCUGCAUGGCUGAACCGCGCCGGUGCCGGGGCCUACGCCGCGCUCCGCGAAAGAGAUAGCCAUCAUACGGAGCCUGGGCACAUGGUUGAUAUCGAACCAGAUCGCAUACUUCGCAAGGCGCUCACGAAUACUCGCGAUGGCAAAAAUUUGAACAUGGAAGUCAGUCUGCAAAUCGUGCCGUUGCCAAGGAGUCCUGAAGAAAUCAAACUUGAGCAGUGGAACCGCAACCCUCGCAUCCUCCUCACGCUUCGCUUGAAGAAAAGAUUCGCUGCAGUGUUCGACCAUCUCGCAGAAAAAUGGGCAUCCUGUAUCGCAUCUUCUGUGCAAACCUCAAAUGAGAUGCGGGAACAACUACCGCCUGCCCAUUUGCUCCGCCUACGGGUGUGUACCGACGAGGCUUACCGGACCGGAACAGCUGAAUUUGACGAGCUCUGGAACGCGAAUGCAUGCCGCAUGGCGCGGGCAAACGGACUCGGACAUUGGAUGCGUAGGAGCGACGAAGGUGAGCAGCUCCUCGUGUCAGAAAUCCAUCGGUUGUGCGGUUCACCGAGCCACAUCCGCCUCCAAUAUGCAUGGAUAAGUGCCUGCGGUGACAGCGAAUCAGCACUUGCUCCAGAAUCGUUUGAGCCUCGGACUGCAGUUGCCAAUGCAUGCGAUGCAGCAUGCGUCGCGUAUUCAAAGCCGCCCGCCGUGUGCACAAGUUGCACUCCGCCACGAUUUCCGCAGGAUGCGGUGGAAACCGGAGCAAAACUUGAAAUGAGCAGCAGAGAAAACAAUCAACAGUGGGGGCGUAACGAUGUUCACCGAGAGGGUCGCGACGGUGUAGGCUCGACUUCAAUUCAAACUGCUGGGCAGCGAACACUCGACGAUGCACAAGCCAGCACAGACAGCUUGCUGCGAUCGCUCUUAUACGGAGUCCAGGCUAGUGAGAGCAACUUCACAAACGAUGGAUACACCAGCGGAAACGCCUCGAAUAUGGUAUAUGUGCCAUAA